AUGGCGACGGAGAAGCGUGAUUCCUUCACCGAUGCAGAACGGGCUGCUUUCGAAUGGUCCCGCAAUAGGAAUAGAAGUGGACGUGAUCAACGGAGGUCCAGAUCGCGAUCACGUAGACGGUCCUAUUCAAGAAUCCGCAGUGACAGUAGUAGUGAUUCCGAUCACCCGAAGGAUCCGUUCAAUCCGCUGAAACUGGCGUACGAUCGCAGGGGGAGGCAUCGCCGGUCAAGGUCGCCAUAUGGGCGAGCACGCCGCCGUUCGACGUCGCAACCCACGAACUCUCCUGAUACGUGGAUACACGACUUAUACUAUAAUGAUGAGGGCCGUGCCGUUGAAGACGCGCGGUACCAGCGCGGACGGAGGGAACAGGACUCAACAAGCUACAAAUUAGACACCAGGCGUGGCUCCUGGCGGUCGAAGGCAGGCGGAGUGUACAUCCCACCAGAUGAGGCCGCUAGUGUCAACGAUGACCUAUAUUCCGACUACAAGCCAACAAGCAGCCGUAAUACGGCUCGUAGGUCGCCGUCGUACGAACGUCCGGACCCAGUGUACACAUUGGACUGA